AUGUCUGACCGCAACGAGCCAAACGCUUUUGGGGAAGACCCAUUCAUACAAAGCUAUUACUUUGACCAAUCUGAUCGUUUUCAAAGCCACUUCAAUCUAAUGCCUACAAGUACAGAGGAGCUAGUUUACGACCUAGAAAUGCAGUAUGAUCUUCCUCAGAUCCUAUCUCUAUCCAUGCACAUCGAUCCAGAUAUGCUGGAUUACGCGGAAGUACAGGCGGAUCCAUCUGGAAACCCAGAUUAUCCAAUGCCAAAUAUGGAUGAGAUGCCAGACUACCCAGAUGAGCACGUUGGUCCUUUCGGAGACCUAUCUUAUCCAGUGCCCAGUCUAGAGGAAAUGCUAAAUCACCCAGAAGAGCAGGCCGAUCCUUCUCCAACCCCAUCUCACCACAUGUCCACAAAUCCACAGGACAUCACCCAGCCGUCCGAGGGAAACAUGUAUGGGCUAGAAAGGACGAGCGCACAAGGCGAAGUAACCCAUGCUUCCUCGAAACAUCCAACCACCACUCCAACCAAUCCCACACCCCAGCCCCAAGCAUCUCACCCCUACUGCCCAAGAAUCCGCCAUCGCCAGUACACAUGGAGUCCACUCAAGCUCUUCAAACUGCACUGGCUCCCCUUCACCGAUCCCCUAACCAAACAACCAAACAGUCUCCACACCCCGCGCUUCGCCCUCCUCCUCCACCCCGAGCACAACGAACAAUGGAACUAUCUACGCCAUCUCAUGGAACAAUACCCCAACAUGGUGGCAAACGACAUGCAAGAAAUCCACCCCGGAUUCGAAAACCCAGACGCGUGGAACGCGUGGUACGCGGAACAUUUCUCGCUGCAGCACGGUCGAAUCAUGCCAGAUUGUUCGGGGCAAUAUGGGUGUUCGCUGAAUCUGUAUUUGCAUAUUGAGAGAUACAAGGCUAUGGAAGCAAAGGGCGGGAUAGAUCAGUUCCUUGUCGACGGCGUUCUACCGACGCCGCCGGAGUUUCCGAUUCAGGCGGCUGAAGUCUUGUCCGCUUGUAGCCCAGUUCAGAAUGAGUUUGAGUUUGAGUUUGAGUUUGAGGUGAUUCCUAGUCAGUGUUAUUAUUCAAGUCAGGCUUGGUUGUAA